GCAAAAGUAAAAAUAUGGGGUGCAAAAUUGUUUUAUCUCUUGACAUGGGGUUUAAGUGAUCGAUAUGACUAUUAUUAGACAAUACAUAUGCUAGGGGGGGAAAUCAUCACCAUCACUCCAGCCGUACUCGUCUAUAUGAUCACGUUCUAAUCGACAAGAAAAAAAAAACAACAGUUGUUUACCAUGUUUGUUCAACCAAGUUUUCACCGAAAAAUCAAAUUCGCAUUUCCAGUAUUGUUCUUCCGCUGACAAAUUCUUCAGAGGUGAAGUUAAUAGCAAUGAAUCAGUUCCCUUUACCUGCUCCUCCGUUAAUAAACUCCAAUGGAUCAUGUUAGCUAUAACCACUAAUACCUGUUCAAGUGUUGGGCGAGUGAAUACAAACAUAAAAAUACAAGUCCUGAAUUCCUAACUUGAUUUUGUUCCUGGGUUGACGUAGGAUUGGGUAUCCAAACCCCGGCCUAGUUCUGUGACUUGCUACUUGCACAGUUGCACUGGAUUAUAUUAUCGUAAAACGUUGAUGCUUAUCUGUUCAGUUAAUCAGAUCUUUUGUAAAAAAAAAAAAGACAGUGGCUAGCUUCUAACUUCUAAGAUAUUUCAGCUCCCUAAUGCACAUUGUGAGCAGCUAGAUAGAUAGGUACAGGCGAAAUUUUUUUAUUAAAUAAACUUUUUAGCAAGUAAUUUUAUUACUAAACUAUCAGACAAAAUUUUUUCCAAACUAAUCCUUUGACCACACCAGUGUUAGUAGCGUGACAACACAACACUGCCACGCAGCAUGGUCAGCGUGGUGUGGCGUGGCAGUCAGUGGCAUGCCAAGACAAUGCUGCCAUGACAAGCUGUUUCGUCACGCUAAUAUUAAUGGCGUAGCUAAAAGGUUUAUACGGUGGAAAUAUGUUCCUCAUAGGUUUAGUAAUAAAAUUAUUUAUUAAAAAUGUUUAAAAAAUAAAAAAAAUUCGGUACAGGCACAGGUCUUCUUAGUUCAAACUGUAUCAUAUCCUAAGAAAACUUAUUAGUACCCCAAUAAUCCUCCCGAUCAUUUUGUACAAAGUUGCAAACUUUGCAAUAAGAAAUUGAAGGCAAUGUUGAUUAAGGAGCUAGCAGACAAUCUCUUCAUUCAUACUUUUGUGGGAUUAGAACCUGACUUUUUGGUUGGACUGAUCGAAGAGGACAAAUCCUUGUAUUAUGAAUCUCUCAUGUGCAAGUGCAACCAGAAAAGCCCAAAUCUUAGUGGGACUCUUUUGGUUUUGUUUUCCAAUCUUAGUUGAAUUCAGAUUAGACAAUCAUGCAAAAUACAAAUUCUUCUUCUUGAACAUAUGGCAAAUGUCAUUUUACAAUGGAAUCAAGCUAAUUCCAUUUUCACUAUAUGAUAAUUACAUAACUAUAUUUUUCUGUCUUUAGAAGACACUAGAAAGUACCUAUAAAAAUAGCAAGAUAUCUUAACGACAACGACAAUGAAACAUACAUGUAAUCCUAGUAAAACCGUGCAUGGCCAACCGUUCCAACCAUGUCAGCCACCCAAUAAAUAUUUUAGAUGGCGUUCCGUUGACACAAUGGCUCACAUUCCGGUAACUCACGGUGUACGCAUAGCAGAUUUGGCCCCCACUUUAUUAGUUUAAUCACGUACGUACGUGCGACUUAGCGUGCUACUUAAUCCCACCUAAAAUCCGCUCACACGAAACAUCUCUGAAAUCCUCAGGUGACGCCGACGCGAUUGUCGUCCAUGUCCACGCCGGCGCCGGCGAGGCUCUGACGAGUAGGCCAUGCGCGAGUCUGUCGAGGACGCCGUCCACCACGCCGUCGUCGCCGUCGCCGCCGCGGCGCUCGUGGCGCUGGCCGUCGCGCUGUUCCUGCUCUGGCGCAAGAAGCGCGUGGCGAGGGCGCGCGGUGGCGCCGCCGGCGGUGGUGAUGGCGAUGGCGACGACGGUGCGGCUGUCGCGGUCGCGGUGGCGCAGGCGCUGCCGGUGAUCCCGCUUGCUGAUGUCGAGCGCGCCACUGACGGGUUCCACCCGAGGCGGGUGAUCGGGCAGGGGAGGCACUUCACCGUCUACGAGGCGGCGCCGGGGCUCGCCGCCAAGCGCAUGCGGCCGCACCUCGUGCUUGGGGAGCCCGGCGGGCGCCGCUUCCCCGCCGCGGUCCGGUCGCUCGCCGUGCCGCCGCACCCCAACCUCGCCGGCAUCGUCGCCCUCUCCGAGGGCCCUGGGGAGCGCGUCCUCAUCGUCGAGCGGGCGUCCCCCGGGUCGGUCGGUCUCGACGCCCUCCUGCACGGUGCCGGGCCACCGCACAAGCCGCUGCCAUCGUGGCCGGAGCGCGCCGCGGUCGCCGCCGGCGCGGCGCGCGGGCUGGCGCACCUGCACGAGCACGGCGUGGCGCACGGCCGCGUGCGUCCACGCAACGUGCUCGUCGACCCGGCCAUCGCGGCGCGAGGCCCCUACGACGUCAGGGUCACCGACUACGGCCUGUCCACCUUCCUCCACGAUGGUGACGACGGCGACGGCGACGGCCGCCUCGACGCCCGCGCGGAGAACGACGUCUACAUGUUCGGCGCGGUGCUGCUCCAGCUCCUCACCGGCCGGCAAUGGGACGGCGGCCGUCUGGCGCACUGGGCGCUCCCACUGAUACGCACACGCCCGCCGGCGCUGGCCGAGGUGCUCGACCAGCGCGCCGGCGAACCAGCCGACAAGGCGGAGUCCCGUCUGCUCGCGAGGACGGCCAGGGUGGCGUUGGCGUGCGUCGCAAACGACGGGCGCAGCCGUCCAAGAAUGGCAGAGGUGUCGGCCAUCCUCGACGACGUGGAGGCAGCCUACCGGCGCAGCGACAGCACGCCGAAGGGCGAGGAGAACGGCGGCGAGGAGCGGUUCAGUGGGUGCCUUCUCGGGCGGAGCCGGAGCACGCGCAGGUCGGCGACGCUGCUCCGGCUUCCCGUGUGACAACAGUGAUACUCCAUUAGCUCACUGUUCAUCCAUUCAUGGUUAAUUAAUUGGAUUCUUUGGCGUGUCAAGUGAUCAACUCAUUAAUUAGCUCCUUUCAAAAAAAAACUCAUUAAUUAGCUAGGAUAGCCGUAGGAAUUACAGAACGUUCUUGCUUGGUAGAACAUGGGCAUACUUUUGCGUAAAAAAUCAUCUUUUGU